AUGGACCAAACCUUUCGCAUUCGCGUGGACAAGCACGGGUAUAUCGCCAUCUUAUUGAUUGAUGAUGCCACCACCUCCGGGCAGCUCUCCCUUCCCUCCCCCGACCAGAAGCAGUACUCGUCCACCAACAAUCUCUACUCCCACCUCCAUACCCAUGAAGACUUUGUCGGCAAGGCGGGAAAUAAGGGAGGGCGUGCCUCCCAGAGACAAGUUGACGAUGCCACUAUAUACAAGCGUCCCCGGAUAAUCCGAAAUGCAACCGCCCCCAUCCACCGGCCGCGCCCCUCAUGGAUUGAGGGAUACUGUGUCUACCAUGCUCCAAAGCGGCUUUGGGUGGACAGCGAUUUCGUCAAGAUUGACGACGGCAAAAGAUAUCUCAUGACGGAUGUCACAGAAACCCUCCAAACAGGCAACACCGCGCCACUGAUAAGCAACAAGCUUUCCGCCUGA